GUGAUGAGUGAACAACUAUCCAUUGUCAACUGAGCAUGAAAACUUAGGUGAAACUUUCGUCCAGACAGAGUAUGCUGCUAAUAGGCCUGCACUGACAAGAUGGACAUGGAUUCAAGUGGAAAUUCAACUGCAAGUGGAAAUGUUUCCACUGUUUUGUCUGCCCCAUACUGUCUGCUGGAGGUCAUAACUAUUGCAACUCUAUCAGCCAUAGUGAGCCUCAUCACAAUAGUGGGGAAUAUUUUAGUGAUACUCUCUUUCAAGGUGAACAGCCAACUUAAGACCGUAAACAACUAUUACUUACUCAGUUUAGCUUGUGCAGACCUCAUAAUAGGUGUAUUCUCUAUGAACCUGUACACAUCUUACAUUCUCAUGGGAUAUUGGUCUUUAGGAAAUGUAGCAUGUGAUCUCUGGUUGGCACUCGACUAUGUUGCAAGCAACGCAUCGGUGAUGAACUUGCUGGUCAUCAGCUUCGACAGGUAUUUCUCAAUUACAAGGCCACUCACCUACAGGGCGAAACGAACACCAAAACGUGCAGGCAUCAUGAUUGGCUUGGCAUGGUUGAUAUCAUUCAUUCUGUGGGCUCCUCCCAUUCUGUGCUGGCAGUAUUUUGUUGGUGAGAGGAAAGUUCCACCUGACCAAUGUCAGAUCCAGUUUUUCUCAGAACCCACAAUAACAUUUGGGACAGCCAUAGCGGCCUUUUAUAUCCCAGUCUCCAUCAUGACUAUUUUAUACAGCAAAAUCUACAAAGAAACAGAGAAACGCACACGGAAUUUAGCAGAACUGCAAGGAUACCCAUCUUUGGACAGCCAUGAAGAUCCCAAAGUACAAAAGCCAAUACUACGAUGCUUUAACUUUAAAAGCAAGAGAGGCGGCACUCAAGCAUCAUGGUCCUCAUCCAACCAGAGUUAUGUAACUAGGACAACAUUGCAGUCUGAGGAUUGUACUAAAUCAGACCAGGUCACCACCCUAAACAGUUAUACAUCAUCAGAGGAAGAAGAGCGGUCGGUCACUGAGGUGACCCCGCGAGAAUCUUUCAAGAACCGAGAAUCAAUAAAUAAGAACGAACAGCUGGACUGUUAUGAAGACAGCAAAUAUUUGAGCGAUCUCGCAAAGCAAUACACACAAGCAAACAAUAAAAAAUGUAUGUCAUACAAGUUCAAGCCUAUCAUUAGCAACAUUACUGCUCUGCAAGGCAGCAAUGAAGCUGAGGGAACAAACACAGAUCACUGUCACUCAUCAGAGUCCAAGGCUCCUUUGUCCAUAUCCUCGUCCACCAAACCAGAGGAUCCAAACCUGAAGAUCCAAAUGACCAAACGGAAGAGAAUGGUCCUGAUCAAGGAGAGAAAGGCAGCUCACACUCUUAGUGCCAUCCUUCUGGCAUUCCUCCUCACCUGGACCCCAUACAACAUCAUGGUGCUUAUCUCCACCUUCUGCUCUGACUGCAUCCCUGUCUCCCUUUGGCAUCUGGGCUACUGGCUCUGCUAUGUAAAUAGUACAAUUAACCCUAUGUGCUAUGCCCUUUGCAACAAGACCUUCAAGAAGACCUUUUGGAUGUUAUUCCUCUGCAAGUGGAAGAGGAGUAAAAGGGAGGACAAACUGUACUGGUGUGGUCAAAGUCAUUAA